GACGUGCAUUCCCAGUUUCCGGUCUAAGUGUAAAUGGAUACAUGACACAGUUGUUUGGAGGAGAGCUUCUUUGCUUCUUUUCGGAAAACCUUUAACGUCCACAAAACUAGCGACGUGGUUUUAACAUCGUACCGGCCGGCAGUCCCGUGUCGACUCGGCCACGAUGGAGGCGGUUCCGCGGAUGCCGAUGAUCUGGCUGGAUCUAAAGGAGGCUGGGGAGUUCCAGUUCAGCCCGUCCGUCAGGCAGUUCAUCUUGAAGAAUUAUGGAGAAAAUCCAGACAACUACAAUGAACAGCUGAAGAAACUGGAGACACUGCGGCAGAGUGCGAUUAAUGUGACGAGGGAUUUCGAGGGAUGCAGCACACUGAGGAAGUACUUUGGCCAGCUGCAUUACCUCCAGAGCCGAGUGCCCAUGGGAACAGGCCAGGAGGCUGCUGUACCCAUCUCAUGGACUGAAAUUUUCUCUGGAAAAACGGUCACCCACGAUGACAUCAGCUAUGAGCAGGCCUGCAUCCUCUACAAUCUUGGGGCCCUGCACUCCAUGUUGGGAGCCAUGGACAACAGAGUAUCUGAGGAGGGGAUGAAGGUGUCGUGUACACACUUCCAGUGCUCUGCGGGGGCUUUCUCCUACCUGAGAGAUCAUUUCAGCCACAACUUCAGUGUGGACAUGAGCCACCAGAUCCUCAACCUCAACAUCAACCUUAUGCUGGGCCAGGCUCAAGAGUGUCUACUGGAGAAGUCCAUGUUGGACAACAGGAAGAGUUUCCUGGUUGCUCGCAUCAGCGCUCAGGUGGUGGAUUACUAUAAAGAGGCCUGCAGGGCUCUGGAGAACUCAGAGACGGCAUCUAUGCUGGGAAAGAUUCAGAAAGACUGGAAAAAACUGGUUCAGAUGAAGAUCUACUACUUUGCUUCUAUUGCACAUCUUCACAUGGGAAAACAGGCCGAGGAGCAGCAGAAGUACGGAGAGCGGUUGGCCUAUCUGCAGAGCUCCAUGGACAAACUCAGUGAAGCCAUCAAGCUGGCCAAGGGUCAACCUGACAGCGUGCAAGAGGCCUUGAGAUUCACCAUGGACGUAAUCGGGGGAAAGUUUAAUUCAGCCAAAAAGGACAAUGACUUCAUUUAUCAUGAGACAGUUCCUUCUCUGGAGACUCUGGCUUCAGUUAAAGGUGCCCCGCUGGUGAAAGCUCUACCAGUCAACCCCACAGACCCCAGUGUUACCGGACCAGACCUGUUUGCCAAGCUGGUGCCGAUGGCUGCACACGAAGCCUCGUCGCUGUACAGCGAGGAAAAGGCCAAGCUGCUGAGGGACGUCAUGGUCAAGAUCGAGAGCAAGAAUGAAACUCUAGAGCAGUUCAUGGACUCUCUGGGCUUGGAGCCGGAGUCGGUGGACAACUUAGACAUGUACAGUCACAUCCCUCCGGUCCUGAUGGAGAAGUGUGCUGCUCUCAGUGUCCGACCUGACACCGUCAAGAGCCUCAUCCUGUCCAUGCAGGGGCUCUCGGGUGUCUUCACUGAUGUGGAGUCUUCACUGAAGGAGAUCAUAGAUGUCCUGGACGCAGACGAGGGUGGUGAGCGGGCCCUCCAGGAGGUCGGGGGCCCCGCUGCAAGCGAGGUGCACCCAGCGGCGCAGAGCCAGGCUCUGGCUGAGAUCCGCAGGGACCUGGUGAAGUACAUGGAGGCUCACGAGAAGGCCAGUUUUACCAACACGGAGCUCCACCGGGCCAUGAACCUGCACAUCAGCAACCUGCGUCUGCUGGGGGGGCCACUGGAGAGUCUGAAAGAGGCUCUGCCCCGGCCCCAGCUCAGCGAAGAGGAAGUAGCAGGCCUGCAGUGUAUGAAGCGGAUCCUGGGGAAGGUGCAGGAAAUGAGGGAACAGAGAGGCUCUCUGGAGAAACAGCUCCGCGACCUGAUCCAGCAGGACGACAUCACCUCCACCCUCGUCACCACAGAAAGAGCAGACAUGAAGCGUAUAUUUGAGGAGCAGCUGAAGAAGUACGAGCAGGUGAAGGUGUAUAUCGACCAGAACCUGGCAGCUCAGGAGAACAUCCUGAAGGCCCUGACCGAGGCCAACGUCCAGUACGCCUCGGUCCGCAAAGGCCUGAGCCAGACCGAGCAGCAGUGGAACAGCACCGUCCAGGGACUGGUGGGCUCGUACGAAGCUUAUGAGGACCUGAUGAAGAAAUCGCAGGAGGGGAAGGAUUUCUACGAGGACCUGGAGGCCAAAGCGUCCCGUCUGCUGGAGAGGGCCAAGACUCUGUGUCAGACCAGGGCAGAGGAGAGGAAGCCCGCCUUGGAAAAAGAGACCCAGAAGAAGCCACCGGCACGGCCCACAGCAGCCAAGCCCUCCUUGAAGCCAAAGUCCUCCGAUACCGACUCUGCCUGCUCGAGCCUGGAGGACCCGGAGCUGGCCCAGCUUAGUGCAGCCAUCUUGGCCUUGGGAGGUGACUUACCUGAAGAGCUCCGCAGCCUCCCGCCUGACAUUCCUUCCUUCCCCGGCACUGCUGCUCGUCUGCCCGGUCCUGAAACCUUCAUCCCGCCUACAGCCAACCUGGGUGGCAGCAGCUCUCUGCCUUGGCCCGGUGCUCAGGCUGCCGGUCUUCCUCGCUUCCCUGCCAACCUGCCUCCUCCGGAGCUCCUGGCACGGAUAGCUCAGUUUCCUACAUCGGGGCCUCUGCCACGUGGACCCCUCCCUCAGAUGCCACCACAGAUGCCUCCACAGAUGCCAAACCAGGCAGCUGUGUCAGGUUAUCGGCCACCCCAUCCUCAAGCCCCCCAGCCUGGCAUUGUAGCCCCUACCCCAGUUCGGCCCUCAACCACCACUGUGGAUAGCAUCCAGGCCCCCAUCCCCAGCUACGCCCCAACACCACAGCACCACCCGGUCCCACCUGCAGCCUCAACUGGCUACACUGUACCUCCACAGAUGGGGGCCUACCCCCAGUUUAUGCCCCGACCUGGAAUGCCCAUGCAAGGCCCGGCCCAAACUCCUGCACCCCAACCACAACCACCACAGCAGCAGAAGCAGCCAUACCCUCAGCCCAUUGGACAACCACUUCCUCAGGGGUAUCAGCCUGGACCAAGAGCUAUUCCUGGCCCCCACCCUCAUCUCCAGGCUCAGCAGGCUUACCCUCAUAGAUACAUGCCGCCUCAGCCUGGUGUUCCUCCCCAUUACCAGCAGGCAUUCCCAGGUCAGCUGCAGCCGCAUCAACAAAACGGCUAUCAGCCCCAGCCUCAGAUCCCACAAGGCUACCAGACUCCACAGGGCUAUGUACCCCAGCAGCACCCCCACAUGAUGCCCGGCUCCAUGCCAAGGCCACCUCAGGGCCAGAUGCCACCUCAAACUGUUCAUCCACACAUGCCACCAACUUCUCAGCCAGCACCUCCUGCAUCUCAACCCUACCUGCCCCACCCACACCAACAAAUGCCCCCUGGACACCCUCACCAACACAUGCUGCCACAACAGCAACAAAUCUCCAUGCCCCCUAAUGCCCAGCAGAUUCCGCCCCACCCGCAGAUGCAGAUACCAGGUGGUCCCAGAGCACAGAUGCCCCCCACAAGUCAGCAAAUGCCUCCAGUCUCACAGAACUACAUGCCCCCCACUAGCCAGCCCAUUCACCCCACUUUGCGGCCACAGAUGCCUCCGGUCUCACAACCUCAUAUGGUCCCUGGUCCUCAGGUCCACCUGCCAAGGGGCCCUAUGCCACAGAUGCCCCCCAAUGCACUACCACCACAACAUCACCCCCACCCUGGACAGCCUCCCAUACAAAACAUGCCCCAGCAGCCCAUGCAGAUGCCCAGCCAACCCCAGGCUCAGCCCCCUCAUUCUGGGGGAGUGUGCUACCCUGGAGGGGCUCCACUGAUGCCUCAGCAGGCCCUGGCACCACAGCCAGCUGCUCCCCAACAACCUCAGGCUCCUCUUCCCAUGACUUCUCCUAUGUACCCUUCAGCUCCAGGAGCUAGUGUACCUCCAAGUGCCCCCCAGCAGCCUACUGCCAUGGGCCCACAUGGUCCACACGUUCCCCCUGCACAGCACAUAAUCCAGCCCUCUCCUGGAGGGCCACCAGUGGCUCCACCACCCAACGCUGUCCCUCCUUCCCCAUCACCUUCCCCCUCCCCAUCCCCCUCUCCAGGUCCCAGCUCCCUGAGUCUGAACCCCCAGCAGAGACCCACACCAGCUCCCACCCCUGGAGGCACAGCUCCGCCCACUCUCCCCUCCCCCUCGGCUGUCUCUCCCUCCACGUCGCUGUUUCAGCGCCAGAACUCAAGCACAGACGACCUCCUCUCUUCGAGCCCUGAGAGCCAACCUGGAGGCACCAAGGCGCCCACCAACGUCCUCCAACCCACCAAAGCUGACCCACAAGAUGGAGAGCGUCGCAAGAAGAGCUCCCAGGCAGUUCUCUUGAUCCAGGGCGACCCAUACCAAGCUCCAGAGCGCGUCGCCCGUCUUCACGGUGAACUGGAACGUUACAGAGCCCAGGUGGAUUCCCUGGAGCACCCCUCAGAGAGCGAGGGCGGUCUGUCGGUGCUGGACGCCCGCUGGAAAGAGCUACAGGACCAGCAGGAGAAGGACGCCCGCCAACUCUCCAUCGCUAUCGCCCGUUGCUACACCAUGAAGAACCGUCACCAGGAUGUCAUGCCCUAUGACCUGAAUCGAGUGAUUCUGCAGUCAGGCAAAGACGACUACAUCAACGCCAGCUAUGUGGAGGACUUGUCGCCAUACUGCCCGCGCCUUAUCGCCACUCAGGCUCCGCUCACUGGCACAGCGGCAGACUUCUGGCUGAUGGUGUACGAGCAGAAGGUGUCACUGAUAGUCAUGCUGGUUUCAGAGCAGGAGCUGGAAAAGGGAAAGGUUGUGCGCUACUUCCCAACAGAGCGCGGCCAGCAGCUCUCUCAGGGACCAAUCACACUGAGCCUCACCACGCAGAAGACCACACCGACACACGUGGAGCGCAUGAUCAGCCUGCAGUACCGCGACCAAAGCCUGAAGCGCACCGUCGUCCAUCUCCAGUUCACCUCCUGGCCGGAGCUGGGUCUUCCUGACAGCAAGAGCAACCUGCUGCGGUUCAUCCAGGAGGUUCAUGGACACUACCUCCACCAGAGGCCCUUACACACACCUGUCGUGGUGCACUGCAGCUCGGGCGUUGGACGCACCGGCGUUUUCUGUCUGCUGUACGCGGCGCUGCAGGAGCUGGAGGCAGGAAACGGGAUCCCAGACCUUCCACUGCUGGUGAAGAAGAUGAGACAACAGAGGAAGAACAUGCUGCAGGAGAAGCUCCACCUGAAGUUCUGCUAUGAGGCCGUGUUGAAGCACGCUGAGCAGGUUCUUCAGAGACACGGCAUCACUACCGCCACCUGCAGCAGGAGCACCAACUCUGCAGCCACCAAGCCUUACUCCAGACAGGAGUCCCAGCAGGACAUCGUCCUCGGUGGAGACAUGCCCAUCAGCUCCAUCCAAGCCACCAUCGCCAAGCUCAGCAUCCGGCCGCCCAGCGCCACAGACCCGGCCAUGGAGUCCCUGUACGGCCUGGAGGAGCAGGGCGCCGCUAUCUUUCCCGGCCUCGACUCGCUGAGUGACUUCCAGCAGCUGCAGGAGCCCUGCCCCCCCGCAGACCCCCAGCCGCCUUCCUCUUUCAGCCCGCCUCUCUCCUCCCCUACCCACUCCCCUCCACCCAACGGCCUGGAUGCUGCGUCCCCCUCCACGCCACCAGCAGCCAACCACCAGCCAGUCCCGGAGGCUGCGCCCAGCGUCAGCCCGCCUCCUCCCUCCUCCGCUCCCGCCCCUUCGUCGCUGGAGCUGCUGGCGGCGCUGACGCCCGAGGCCUUCUCCAUGGAGGGAGGGGGCAAGGGGAAGCAGAGGGUGACCAAGCAGAGCUUCUUGCAGCCGGCGGAGGGUCAGGGUCUCCACGGGACUCGAGGGGAGGAAGGGGACGACCCCCUCAGCAGCCUGGACCCGCUCUGGAGCCUCGGCAAGCGCUGAGCCGAGCCAACGGACCGCUGCCUUUCUUUCUCUCUACCACCAGGUGUCAGCGAAGGCCUGUAGCUCUUUCUAAUCCUGCUUUGAAGAAGAAAACACUGAAUCUGAGAGUCAGAGACAUUUUAGCGGUGUUGAUUACCAAGACGUGCCUGGUGGCAGACGGUAGGGGUUCAGGUUUGUUUGCUUUAGGGUGAGACACAGACACACUUGCUUCUCCUUCCAUCACUGGUGGCUUCUGGGACCAGAUCUCUAUGCACUCGUCUGUAUUCCUCCCGUCACUCUUCGCUGCUUUUCUUUCCUCGUGUGGCUGUUCUGCACUCUCAGCACCAGAUCUGGGCCCCCCCAAACCCAAAAAAGAAAAAAAAUCCCAGCAUGCACUCCACUCUCAUAGCCCCUCCCACAGGGUGUGACGGUGUUCGGCUGCUCCCUUCUGCGCUGGUCUGCGAUCGUGUUUUAGUAACUGGAAUAAAGGAUGCAUGGACUUGCAGGCAGGCCAGAGGAGCUGGGUGGAGCUUUUUUCAAGGACACAAACACCUGUAACUCAAUCAGUGUGUAUAGCUGAGUGGCCAUGUUAACACAGAGCAGCAUACAAAUCAGCACGUCUUAACAAGUUGAUUAUUUUUCUUCAUGUGUAACACUGUAAAUAUCUUACAUAAAGUUAGACUAUUCCAAAUGUCCUUCUGGUAAACUUUCACUAAUCAUUCAUUAUUGUAAAAAAUAUUAAAUAAAUCCAGUAGACAGACAA